UUUUGGGGACCGGAAGUUGGUGAACGCAAGCAUGGCGUUGGCGGUGCUGGUGCUGAGGAUCCGGACAGCUGUUACAUCCUUGUUGAGCCCCGCUCCGGCUACAGCUCUUGCUGUCAGAUAUGCUUCCAAGAAGACGGGUAGUAGCUCCAAAAACCUCGGUGGAAAGUCGUCAGGCAGACGCCUAGGCAUUAAGAAAAUGGAAGGACACUAUGUUCAUGCUGGGAACAUCCUUGGAACACAGCGCCAUUUCCGCUGGCACCCAGGUGCCCAUGUGGGUCUUGGGAGGAAAAAAUGUCUAUAUGCCCUGGAAGAGGGGAUAGUCCGCUACACUAAGGAUGUCUACGUGCCUCAUCCCAAAAACACGGAGGCUGUGGAUCUCAUCACCAAGCUGCCCAAGGGUGCUGUGCUCUACAAGACUUUUGUCCACGUGGUUCCUACCAAGCCUGAGGGCACCUUCAAACUGGUAGCUAUGCUUUGAAGUCCUGUUUAUUAGGUCAUUGGACAGACACUGGAGCCCAAGUGACAGGAGAUGGUGAUACCAGAAGUCAAGGAUUGGGGCAGUGACACAGCCGCCUGAGGAAGAUGUCUGCUUGAUGGUGACUCUGCAGGAGACUCUGAAGUGACUGCUGGGAAACCCUUUGGGAGACCUGACCUGGGGCCAAAAAUAAAGUGAACCACAGUCAUGAACGUAUGCUAUUCAGGGACAC